AUGACGACCACGCUCAAGACGAGCACGGCCCCACAUAUUCAUACAGCAAAUGGGCAAUGCAACUCAACCAGCUGUAACUCACCACACCGCCUUUGGCGUACAUUGCAAACCAUCAUCCAGACCGAUGCCAAGGACGAGUUUUUACGGCUCUGCAAACGGACACCCACAGAUAUUCUUGUGCGCGUUUUGCUGACAUCUCGUAUUGCCAAUGAUCCAGCAUUGUAUUCACCCUCGCAAAAGUCGCGUGUUGUGCAAUUCCCCCGCCAAGUACGUCCGGAGGCCGUGCGCAAGUUUGGCAAGUCAGCCACAGACUUGAAUGCAGUGCAACUUGCUUUGAUCGAUGCCGAUAAGAACAACAACAAUAAUGGCCAAAUGGCUAUGAUGAUUCUCAGCUUUCUGCGUGAGCAUGCCACAAGUAUGGAGUGCCAUCAAUUUGUCAAUCAUAUCUGGGGCCAAGGCAACACCACACUACAUCUGGCGUGUUUCUGGAACUUGCCCCGACUGGUGCGACUUUUGCUCGAUAUGGACAACAGUGGUGCAGCCAUGCUCAAUCGGAAGAAUGCUAGGUCGAUAAGCCCUCAAGAUUGUUGUUCUUCGCCAUCUGUCUUAGCACUCUUAACCCCUACUAAUAAGCGUUCAACAAGAGCAUCUGUGCCUACAGUGACAACAGCACCCAUAAACACGGCAAAAGCUGCUACUUCUACUCUUCCUUCGCCUCCGCCUACGCCUACUGGUACCACUGGUCGACCUUCCAUGUUGUUGAAAAAGGCAACGGAGAAAAGAGGCUUCUUGGCAUAUGGAGCAACCCCAUCGCCAACAGUGGUAGCCGCUGUGCAAACUGAGUACUUUCAGCAGCAACAAAAAACAGUGACACCACCACCCAACCCCACAUCUGCAACCACAGAGUCAAAGUUUGUUCCCAUGACAUUUUCGAGCUCCACAUCGUCAUCAUCAUUCUCUUCGUUGUCGUCUACAGAAGGAAAAGACGAUCAUUGUUGGACACCACCUCCUUCUCCCAUUGCUGGUCAUCCUUGGUCACCAGCACCAUCCCCUGUGUCGACACCUAUUGAUGAAGUACAUUUACCAGAAAUUCGCCCAUCUUGUUUUCCUGCCAACCCCAUCAAGCAACCCGUGAUAAAGCAAGUCCGCUUUGACCCACAUGUAACACUGAUUGAUGCAUGUAUCCGUGGGGAUCUUCAAGAGCUUAAGCACUAUUGUGAUAGUCAAGAUCGAAUCGCUGGCGUUGGUGGAAUCCGAAAUCGCUCGCUGUUGCAGGUUGCAUUAAUGCGAGGCCAUGAACAUUUGGUCCACUACCUCGCCGACCAUGUGGAUGUGAAUCAUCAAGAUAGUGACGGGUGGACAGCACUUCAUUAUGCUGCAGCGCUUGGCCUCUGGCGUUCCUUUGAAUUUUUAGCCAGCCUUCCUGACAUAAAUGUCAAUGUGAGAGCACACGAUGGCCUGAUGAUCCAUGAAUGUGUGGAUACCCAAUACGCCCAGAGAAAAUGCCGAUCCAUUAUUGAACGUUGUCGUCGACCCUUUGCUCAAAAAACCUAA